AACACUAGAAAAUGGCGAAAGAGCGCUAAAGCCCUAGCCCUCUUUCAAAACCCCUGCCCAAACGCUCAAGUGCCAAAAAGGGAAGGGAGGCAAGCCCUCUUCUUCGUUCUCCAUCGUUUACCAGUUCAGGAAAGUUGGUGUAGUUCUGUCACCAUGCAGGCCGUAAAAGUUAGCUGUUUGGCGCAAACAUUUGCUCUGGCUAAAAUUAGCAAUUCGCGUGAAAGGAAGCCUCGCAGUCGGAAAACGAGGGAGGAGAGGAAAGUGAUGGUUGAGUCAUUCGUAAAGAAGUAUCAGAAUUCUAACAAUGGGAGUUUUCCUUCGCUUAACCUUACACAUAAGGAAGUUGGUGGAUCUUUCUAUACCAUACGUGAGAUAGUAAGAGAACUUAUUCAGGAAAAUCGAGUGCUGGGUCCUGGUAGUCCAACUUCAAAAGUGCUGAAGCUUGAAUCUGGCUCUGAAGAUGAUGAAGUUGAACCUUUCUUGAUGGAUCUUCCAAGUGAUAUGUGCACAUCAACUAUUGGGCAUGCUAUUAAGCAAAAGCAAAAGCAACUGCUUGAGGAACAUCAUGCAAGGACAGAAAUAUCUGAGCCCCAGGAAACAUUCUCAUCACACAAUGAAAUUUCUUUUUCUGAAGACAGGAGCAAUGAUACUUCUAAUUAUGUGGAGGAGAACUCAUUCACUGAUACACAUCUAAAUGCCAUUGUGGCAGAUGAUAUAGCAGAUCCAGUGGAGCCAUCAGUGGAAACCGCAGAUAUUUUGAAGAACUCUGAAAAUAUUGAAGCCGAGCACCCUGCUUCUCCAUCUGUAUCUGCAAUGUCUUCCUUAGGUGCAUUUCUAGUGAAUGGCAAUGAUGGAACCAGCAACUUGGCUAAGCCACCAGAUACUUCUCUGGAGAAUGAUGUUCCUAUGAUCAUGGGGAAAGAUAGUCUCCCUGAAAACAAGAUCCCAGAAGAUAGUCUCCCUGAAAGCAAGCUAGCCACCAGCUCAUCAAUUGGCAGUAUCUCAAAUAAAAUCUCAAAUAAACUUUUAGACCCUUCAGUUUCUAUUGCUGUGGAAGUUUUUCCGAUACCAUCUUCUGCUAAGGCCAACAAUCUCAACAGAAGGUUUAUAGAGAUGGAGUGUGCAAAGGAGGAAGAAGUCCCUUUGCCAGAUGUCAAAGAUCCUGUAAUAAAUGGAUCAGGAUCAACAGAAAAUCAACCUAUUAAUAAAGAAGAACCAGCAAUCCAAAUGUCUCCAGAAUCUGGAGUAUUUGAGCCUUCAGCCUCAAGAACCACAAAGAUUGAGCCAAAGUCCCUGGUCACUGAUAAUCCUAGUUUUUCUGAUGAGCCCAUAUCUCCCCAGGUUAAUGAUGCACCACAAGUUCAAGGCAGUGAUAUUAGCUAUUCUAGCAGAAAAUCAACAGAGAAGGACAUCAGAGAUUCAAAACCUUCAGAAAUCAACCCAUUGUGGUCUGCAAUUACGGCAUUUGUGACCGCUGUUUUCAAGUUCUUGUCAUGAUAGGGCCAUUUCUGCAUAAACUGAGACUCACCAAGAAAAAAAUCAAACGUUGCCGUCUAUCAUCCAAUUUAGAGCAGAAAUUUAGCCAUUAAUUCUCAUAGUUAAAUCCCUAUGUUUCUUUUAUUUUCUUAUAUAAACAAGUUUAUGAUCCAAGCCAACUGAGCUGUAUUUCUUCA